CUCUGUCUUUUUAACUUGCAUGCAAAAUAAUUAGAAAAUGACAUCGCGUAUUGUCGUGUUGAUCUCUGGAACAGGAUCCAAUCUCCAAGCGUUGAUCGAUGCCACUAAGACAGGCCAACUCAAUGCAGAGAUUCCUUUGGUUGUCUCUAAUCGAUCCAGAGUAUUUGGCCUUGAGAGGGCCGAAAAAGCUGGGAUUCCCACAAAGGUCUUGGCUUUGAAACCUUAUACCACUGCAGGCAAGACUCGAGCAGAGUAUGAUACUGACCUUGCCCAGUUGAUUAUUGCUGCCAAACCGGAUCUCAUCAUUCUUGCCGGGUUCAUGCAUAUCUUAUCACCUGUAUUUUUGGAUCAGUUCCCAUCAACCCCCAUUAUCAACUUACAUCCUGCACUCCCGGGGCAGUUUGACGGCGCUAAGGCGAUCGAGCGAGCGUUUGAGGCUUUCCAAAAAGGCGAAAUUAAUCACACGGGAGUGAUGGUUCACCGGGUUAUUCAAGAGGUAGAUGGUGGUGAACCUUUAUUAGUCAAAGAGGUUGAAAUCAAACCUGAGGACGAUCUAGCGGCACUACAAGAAAGGAUACAUUCAGUGGAACAUGUCCUCUUGGUGCAGGCUGCAGCCCUCGUUCUUGAUCAAGUGGCUCUAAAUCACAACAUUUCAGCAGAGGGUAAAUAAACUCCAUAAAGACAG